AUGGCUUAUCAUCAGAAGACGAUCCACACAGCAACUCCGGUGAGUGCAGAAGCGCCGCGGCCGCCAAAAGCACCACUGAUGCCUCCAGUAAUACAGUCCAUACCACCACCAAAGAGAGGAGGAGGCUGCUUCUGCAAGUGCAUUUGUUGGACCCUAAGCUUGCUUCUCAUUCUCAUCAUCAUCUUGGGAGCAACUUUAGGAGCCCUUUACCUUAUUUUCAAGCCAAAGCUACCCAAUUACUCAGUCGAAAGCCUAAGGAUAGGUGAUCUGAGGCUGAACUUGGACAUGACCCUGGAUGCAAAGUUUGAUGUGAAGAUCACAGCAAACAACCCCAACGAGAAUAUUGGAAUUUACUAUGAGAAAGGAGGAAGGCUAAGUGUAUGGUUCACAAAAACUCAGCUUUGUGAAGGGUCACUGCCCAUAUUCUACCAAGGUCAUCGGAACAGAACAGUGCUUGAUGUGUCCUUGAGUGGGCAAGUGGAAUCAGGAACCACAUUAAUGGCUGCCCUGCAACAGCAGCAACAGACAGGAAGAGUUCCAUUGGAUCUUAAGAUACAGGCACCAGUAGCUAUCAAACUUGGGAGCUUGAAGCUGAGGAAGGUCAGAAUCUUGGGGAAAUGCAUGUUGGUGGUUGAUAGCUUAUCUGCUAAUAGUCUCAUAAGCAUCAAAGCUAGCAACUGUAAAUUCCGACUGAAACUUUAA